AUGUCUGGAGCUGUUGAGAUCAAUGCCCAGCCCUGCAGCAAGGCGUUCCUUGAUGCCUUCCACGCCGAUGGACAAUUGCCUGUAGUCAAGCCGAACGGUAUACUGUUCAAGUUUACCUUCGAUGGCCCCGAUGGUCCCGAGAACCAGCUCUGCCCUCUCGACCGCAACCUCGCUGGCAUUCCCUCUGAGCUCUCGAUUAACAUUGGCAACCCUGGGCCCCAAGGUGUCAAUCGCAGCGGUUGCGUAUUCCUCGCCGGUCUGAAUGGCCUUUCAUUCCCAUUUCGUGGCCAAGUUGGUUUUGCCGCUGCGGAGUAG